AUGCGUUUUCUAAUAAUUUCCUGCUUCCUACUUGUGACCGGCCUUCGCUUCGUCACGUUGGUGUUUCGAAUAUAGUUGUUUUCUUCUUUUUUGAUACAAUGGUGAAUUGUAUAUUACUGUAGCUGUAGUUCUCAGACGGCGCGCCGUAGCGCAACAGGUUUUGUGUCUGUCUACGAUCCAAAGGGUCACAAGUUCGAUCCCCGCCGCGACCCAACCAAGGGGUUCAAGAAAUGUUGACUGAGGGAAACCACGGCUUUAUAAUCAUCUGCCGUGUUACAAAAGGACGUUACCAGAGCCCGUCCUCUGAUUAUCACUGAUAUCAGGAUGGGACCUCGGCUAAUCGACUUGGGUUGCCUCUCAAGCGGUACAAAGGCGCCGGACAAAGAGGAAGAAUUAGCUGUAGUUCUUAGAUCUUCUUGACACUUUUUACCUUCUCUUGUAACAUUCUGGCUUGUCAAAUCGCUAUUUUUGCUCGUUGAGACGGUGAUAGACUAAAAACCAUUCAAACAAAAGAGCGUUUUCGAGAGAAAAGAGUGAGCAGACAUGCGAGACUUUUUCAAGUCGUGGUGAAUGAAGUAAAAGGGGAAGUUUUGAUUCUGUAAGGAAAGAAUAAUACAUUUUUUUUCUAGCUUGUCAAUUUGUGUUUCAGAAUUGAUGGAAAGGAUAAAGGAAAGUAAGGAACGAUUGUACAGUUUAUCCACCAUAUCAGCGUUGACCGGCAAGGAGCUUAAGAUUUUAGAUGCGAAGAAGAGGAUGACGGAUCUUUCGCAGACGAUCUCUACGUCCGCGUCUACAGGAGAUGUUGGAGUGACUGCGUGGAAAAGGCGGCGCCGCUGGAGGAUCCGUUUGUGAGCAUGAUGCAGGCUAAGUUCGACCUCGACCGACACAAGUCCUUCUGUCGGUACUGUCAAGAUGAAACUAGUUGAAAACAAACAAUAAGAGCCUACAACGGGACGCGGAGUUGCGCCGUCGGCUGUCUCUCACACGAAGACCACGACGUCUACCUGCGUCCUUUUUUCCGUCGUAACAUCCUCAACGAGUUCGUCUGUCACAAACACUACAACGGUGGGUUUUCUUGAUUUGUUAUGUCUACAUCGGGGGAGUUCCCGAGGGAAACAUCCUUAUCGGAAUAUCAGAAUUAUCACAACACUGGUCAGAAAACUCUUUUUGCAAAAUUAAAAAGUUAAAAUUAUCAAUCUAUCGAGUAUGAAAUUAUUUUCUUCAUCAGCUAUAGAAAAAAUUCCUACUUUGGCGAAAAAACUUCUAAAACUCCGUAGAAAGUUUACUGCAAAGAAUUGAAUUAUUAUUUUAUAAUUUUCUGUCAUUUUUUUCUUCGUCGGGCUUUUUUUAAUGAUUUCUUUGUUGAGACAACGUAAUUAGAAAUUCAAAAAAAAGGAUAACAACACAAACAGAAAGUUUCGAGAUUCUGGCAAACUUGGAAGUUUCUUCGCGUUAGGGAAACUAAAAAAAGUUAUACUAUAUUGUUUUGAGUUGAAAAUGGCUGACUUCCCCGAGAAGUAAGUCAUCUUUUCAGACAUCCAUGAGUUUUUGCCGUGUUACCUGCGAAGCCGGACUUUCGAGACCACGUUUCAAAGCUGCGGCAAGUUUGUCUUCGAAGACGAAGUCCGAGCCAACCGCGAGACUUGCAGGUGAUUCUUUCCUUCUAAUACAGUAAACUCAACGCUUUGAAGUUCUCUUCGCUGCGUGACGCAGACCCUACCAGGCCUCGUCCGGCAGAAGUGCGUGGCCGACGACAACGAGCAGUUCGGCGGAGCAGCAGCGGCCCUAUUCGAGAAAAUGCUCGGCGCCUUCUUGCGACAGAGGGUCCGUCUCCACAAACUAACACGCCUUUGUGAACAAUUUUACAUGUGACGUUAUAAAUUGGUUUUCAGUUUUGCAUUCUGUCUGAAUAGAAAAGCAAAAUGUUCCACGUAUGAUUCAUGGAAGACAAUCACAAAAAAAGGCACGCUAAAGGUUUUCUCUGAACGAUGCUGUCGAUUAGUUCUGAAAGUACAUAGUCUUCAUGAAGUAGAAUGCAUUCUCAUGAAAAGAAGACGGCAGGCGCCGUUGAGAGUUCUCAAUCUCCAUUUCACAAGUAGACGUCCUAAGCGGUCCCGGAAAAGAUCAAAGCCAUUAUGGGACGUUCGAAAAAGACUGAUAUACGACGUGCAGGUCGGACCUGCGUGCUUUAACCCUCGGAUCGAUGCUUCCAGGCUUUGGAGUAGCGGCUGCCACUAGGCUUUUUCCCGCCCUCUCGCGCUCUGCUCCUCUCGGCCCUCCGACGUCUAGUCGUCCGCCAUCUUCCGCCACCUACGACCUUUUUUCCUAUUUUCAUUUGUUGCCAUGCGAACUUUGACUUGAUCAUGCAGAUUCCUUUUCGGAUACUGUUGGUUGUAUCCAUUUCCAGCGCCUUCAAUAAGGACAGGUACGUGUCGCGCCACCGGCUUACAGUAGCGCUAUUUCAAAUAUCUGAUUAGAAACUUUGUUCUACUGACGUCUUCGAGAACACUUAAAUAUCUAACUCGCUGCCGUCUUUCAUUUUUUAAUCCAACAGGUUCUUCAAUCAAUUAAAAAAUUCACAAUUUUCUAUUUUCAAAAAGCUGAAGCAUCUAUCCUGAAAGAGAAAAAAACUAUAAUUCAACUUGAAAAUUUACCUAUUGAAAAAUGUCGUCGAUUAUGGGGCCGAGUACGUAAACAGCUGACCUGACGGAUAAUUCAUAAGAUUUUUUAAGCGCAUUUCACCAUUUCUGUCCUAGGACAGGACGUCCUCAUUGUUUCCAUUCUUCUUUUUCUACCGUUUUUUGUUUUUGUUGUGUAACAUAGAGGUCUAUCAGCAAUGUAGAACGAUCGACUUUAUCUUUGAUGGUUUCGACCUAUUUCAAAUCCGAAUUCAAAAAGAUAAAAGUUGAGCCUCCCUCAUUUUUUUUCUACUACUUACCGUCCCAAAAAAGGGAUGAAAUUUGAAUUUUUGAAGCAUUUAGAAUUUUUUUUAUAGAAGUCACAUCCAGGAUAGUCCACCUUUCUAUGUUGAAUGGUUUGAGAGCCCUCGAUCCGAAAAAAAAUGAUGAUUUUUUUAAAAUCACAGACUUAUCACAUUCAUAGUUCAUGAAAAUUGAUUCUUUUUUUCUGUAAUAUAAUGAGAAAUAAAUCAAAAGGGAAUAAAAUAUUAUCAAUUCAAUAUUUUGUCAAGUUUCCUCUUUAUGUUUUUUUUUCUCUAACUUUGCUCUACCAGCUCACUCAACUCAAACUAUCAGCACUCGGAAAGCUUUUCAGUGCGAAAAUCUUGGCUGCCGGCUGUUUGUCGUAAUGUGCCAAUCGAGCACUUAGCGUCGCGCACUUUUCAUUUUCCUAAUAAUUUUCGUCGUUGAUAGAGCAUAACAGAGAGCCAAAACCGGAUAUAGACCAUUAUGAAAUGGAUGACAAUUGUCCAAGACGUUCUUUAAGGGUGGUUAUUGCAAAAGAAAAUUUAUUUAAAAUCAAUUUUUGUUUGGGGGUUUGUUUAGAGCAAUUCAGAUAUAAUUUAUUUACGAAAAAACAUAUCACCAUUUUUUUUUUCUCUCGAAUUCGCCAAAAACAAAAUAACUUCUCAAGACGAGGGCUUGUGAGAUAGACAAACAGACUCGAAGGACCACUUUUUCUCUUACUUUUGUUGUCGAUUGCGAUAACAUCUCUCGAGAUGUCUAGAGGAUAAAAUCAUGAAUCUUGUUGAAAAAUUCGAAGCAGGUAAUUCAAAUAUUUUAUUUUUUUCAAAUCUUUCUGAAAUAUUUUCUUUUGUCUUUUUCAAUUGAAUAAUGGGAAAUUGGGCUUGAUUAAGUAGAUUAGCGUUUUAUUUUUUAUUCCUACAUCUUGAAUUAUUUCAGAAGUUUUCUAAAUCUUUCUUCAGAUUGAGAGACUUUACCUGAUACCAAAAUUUUGUAGUAAGAAGCCUUCACUAUGAUUUCAUGCUCUUAGAACUGAGGGUUUUUGCGCAACAAAAGCUUUGCUGGAGUUGCUGAGCCAACAGAAUUAUGAUUGGCUCUCACGCAUCCGUCUCUUCUCAGUGUUACUCGUAGUUUCGUAGAAUCAACCACGCAGUGGCGAUAUUUUCAAUUUUCCUUACGAUAUUGCUAGACAAGACGUUUGAAAAAAAGCUAAUUCAAACAGCAAAGCGGUGACGAAUAUGAAACAUCGUGACAACAAAUUUAUGUGUGGAAGGGACAGUAGUUUAGGACUGAAAUCGGAUUUUUUUUUUCAAAUUAGAAAAAAAGUUUCAGCAUCGAGGAUUGCUCGAGGGUUUUCAGCGAACAUGCGAAAGAACUUUUUGAGAAAAUCACUCAGGAACAGAAAAUACGACAGGUUAGUUGAUGGUCCUCAGAGUUCUUGCUUUGAAAAAAACAGAAAAUUCCUGUUUUGGAGAAAUUCAAUGAUCGCAGAAACUUGUUUUGGGGCAUGUUCCGUUUCCCCAAUGAAAAGCUGGAUUUAUUUUUUUUGUUUUUUUUUCGGAAUGAGAUAAUUUCCAAUCCAUUUCAGAAUUACGAGAAGCUUGUUGAAGAGGAACAGUUUGACCCUCGGGAUGAGCUUAAAAAAAGCAAAGUUCGCAUCGAAAAAUAUCUACGGCUGCGAGCUCAGUUUGCCUACGUGAGUCUACUUCACAGUUCCGAUUUAAUUUCAAGGAAGAUAAUUUUCCUUCGUCACGACUCGAAUAAUUUGAUCUUUCUGCGCUCUUUUUUCUUUCUAUAUCUUCGUGUGUUUACGCCCCACAUCUUUAUGAUCCCUCCGAUGAGAGAAAAGAUACUACAGAAAACUAAAAAAUUUCAACUCUUGACAGAUAAAAAUACUUCAUUCAACGGAAAUGUUAAAAAACCUGUGGGUUUCCAUUUUUAUAUAAAACGCGAUGAAGACUUUAAAUAUAAAAACAUAAUUAUAAAAGAGAACCGAGAAAAAUAUCUAUAUCAGGUUUACAGUUAUCGAUAAAAUCUAUCAGUGAAAAGAAAGAAACUUUUGAAAGGAUGAUUGUUUGACUGAAAUUAUGAAAAAAUAUUUCUCACACAUGGGAAUUGUUUUUUUGCUGUUCAAAAUGUAUCCUUAGCACGCGAGUCGUUCUGUUUCAAGUUCAGAUUCUUGAGCUGAAAUUAUUAUUUUUUGGUAGUUUCUUGUUUCAGAAAGCAAAAGUAUCUCUGGAAAGCCGCGGAAUUCGAAAUGCGUCAGAUGCCGAAGUGAACGACCCAAGCUCGAAGGAAUUCAUCCGAUUCAUGUCGGCCAAGCAGGGAAACGACGGAACGACCAUCUACGAGAACAAUCAUCUUGGCCGUCGAACUCGCGUCAACGAAACCAGGUUUUUAUCUUCAAACAUUCUUUUUUUUUCGAAUUCCGACAAAGAGAAAAAUUGCGGCUUUUCAGGAUCUUCAAUCUCACUCAAAACGCCAAUUUCUACACGCUAGCGACGUCUUCAAUCGCUUCUGCAGUCCACGUUCCGACGCCUCUCUACGAUCGAAGUGAAUCAUUUUCCUUUGUUUAGCACGCUUGGACCUUCAGAUGCGGAUCUUCUGCGCAAGAUCGACUGGUCCAACGUCGACGCGGUCUACAGGACAAACCGGGAGGAGAUCCGCGACCUCGCCUUCCAGAUGUUCUGUUCGGAGAGCGGCUACAUGCGGUUCUACCCGGCGGCGUCGUGGUUCUGGGACAACGAAGAGGAGCACUUGGACCUGUUCGACUGCCGCAACACCGAGUGGUACAUCAACGCGGCGACCAACUCCAAGAACGUCCUCAUCAUGCUGGACAUGUCGGGGUCGAUGCUCGGCCAGCGCUACGAAGUCGCCAAACAGACCACCGAGGCCAUUCUCGAGACCCUCUCCCACAACGAUUACUUCAACAUCAUGCCGGUUCGUUUCCGGAGAUUACUGGUUAACGAAAAAAAACUUGAUAGAAAUGACUCAUUUCAUGGCGUUAAAUUUCUCUUUUUAACCUUAAGAGCGCAAAAAUGAAUCCAUUUGGAAUUUUCACGCCUUGCUUGGAUUGUCUGCUCACUGCUUUUAGGACAUUUCUAGGCUUGAAGAUCUUUAAAAAAAAAAAGAAUUACUUUGAUCUAAUUACAGCUUUUCUCGAUUACAGUAUCUUUAAUAAAACUAAAGAGUUGGUUUGCGUUGUUUCUGGUUGAUCAUGUAUAAUUAUAUUCUCCUGAUAAUAUGAGAAAUUUGAUACGAAGUCGCAUGCCUGAAAAAAUGAACUUCAGCAUUGAAUACGCUGUACAAAGAUUCUUCAAAUCAAGAUUUCAGUUCUCGAAAUCUCCAUACUUUCUCGAUGAAUGCAACGGAGAAAACGGUCUCCUGCAGGCGACCAUGCGAAACAAAAAGGUACAUUUUUACGUAAUUCCAACAGAAUUGCUCAAAAAAGACCCUGAAGUACUUCAAGAAAAAUGAAUGGAAAAAUGCAGUAAUUUCUAGUGGAGGAAAACUUUCUGAAGCUUUCUUAUAUAAAUUUGAUGGAGUCCUUGAAAGUUUACCUAGAGGUUGCCUGGGAAAACCAUUUUGUACAAAACAAAUUGAGUUUGUUUUUUACCCGAUUUCUUGGGGUUACCAAAAAUUUAAAAUCUAUUUUCAUUCAGAGUCUGAAAAUUAAUUUACAGUGUCUUUGUACAUCAAAAAAAUCUAUUCGCCUGAUGUUUUCAAUCAAAAAAAUGUAUUUUUGCCGAAAAACGUUUAUCUUUCACAUGCAAGUCCCAAAAAAGUUUGAAAAAAAGUUCAGAGUUUGGGGCUGAAACUUUUUAUAAUAUUUUUUUCUAAAGACAAAAUAAGUUAAAAUUGAGCCUUUGAAAACUUUGAAAUGUCGUUUUCUUCUAGAAGCUUGAAUUUCUUCUCAGAAGUGUGAUAUGCAGGCUAAGUUCAAAAAAAUACCUAUUCCCGUGUGUUGAAGGCUCUCCGCCAGAAGAUGAACAACAUCUCGAGCGAGGGCAAGGCCGACUACGAAAAAGCGCUGCCACAGGCUUUCAGCACACUUCUGAACGUAGGACUCAUUUGUUCGACGUCCCCAUUUCGUUCUUGUCCUUUUUUGUUCUUCAAAGUCGCUUCAUGUCUGGCGUGGUCAUUUGCUAACAAUCGAGCCCUGAGAGGCAGCUUUCUUUGCUUUCAAAUGUCGUUCAGCUCAAAGGCAGCUAUUCGUUGCACACCCGCGAGGAAAUGGCUUUGAUGGCUACGAACGGCUCCGCGGCCGCCGCCCACCAUACCGUCCACGUCAUGUUGCCAGAACAUGUGCUUACCGCUUCGCAAGAAUACAUCGAUUCCGUAAGUUGCGGUGGCCCUUCGGAUCGAUGAUUUCCUAACUUUUUUGCGAUUAUAUUCCUCGCCUCACCAUGAAUCAAUGUUUCUAUAUGGAAAAAACCAAAGCAAAAAACACACGGAAAAAAAAAAUAAGUUUGUUAGGCAAAACUUUGAAUAACUCUUUAAGCCAAGUUUUUUUUUUCCAUUUUCUGAUUCCAUUUUGGAAAGAUCAUUUUUUUUUGGUUCAGAGAAAACAUAGAUUUAGUGGUGUUUGUCGAUUAAACAAAAUUAGCUUUUGCAUGAGCUUCUGCGCAGUGUGAUAAGUUCUUGUGUCGACGUGGUUGUCCUCCCACGACGUGUGUCUGGCGAGAAUUCGUGCCUCCAUUUUCAGAUCACCAAAGGCGGCUCUGGCGGCCGGGCGGCCUGUGAGAGUGUCAUCAUGUUGAUCACGGAUGGCGCUCCCAACGCCUACUCGGCCAUCUUCGAACUCUACAACAAGAAUAAACGCGUGCGUGUUUUCACGUUCCUUGUCGGCGACGAGGCCAUCGACUUUAACGAAGUGCGCGAAAUGGCGUGCCAGAACCGAGGCUAUAUGGUCCACGUCGCCAACAUGGCUGACGUCGAUGAGAAAGUCCAGGUGCCUCGAACGUCACCUUUUCUUCCCGACCGAAGCGUUUUUUCAGCACUACAUCCGUCGUAUGUCGAGAGCCGUCGGCAAGCACAACAAGGAGAUCUCCGAGGAGGACGCCCUCUGGACUGGGGUUUACCGCGAGCGACUUGUCAGUUUUCUUCUAGAAAAUGAGGCCAAGAAUUAUAUUCAGGGUUUUUUUUUUAAAAUCAUUUUAUCUUUUAUUCAGAAUCAAAGUAGGAUAAGUCAGUAUGAAAUAAGUCGUCAUAAGUUAAAUAGAAGCUAAGGGAUUUAGAAGUUUUUGAAGGUUUUUAUCGAAUAUCGUUGAUUGAGGUUUUAAUGAAGGUCGAGAAACAACAAGAAAGAGCUCAGCUUUAGAUUUUGCUUGGGUUUCGUCUGAGAAACUCCAUAAUUAGAGUAUUAUCUCGAUUUUCAUUUUACCUUUUUCAGUAUUUACCCAGACCGGAGGUCUUCGCUGAGCCUGUUCCAAUCACGAAUCAAUCGGUGGGUCUGUCUCAGAAAUUUAACCGUUGAAGUGUACUUUUCAGUUCGCAGUGAUGAACAAAAUGGCUGCACGAAGAGUUUGUUUCCCCUUCUUUAUUAAUUGGCUAGAAAAAUUUUUCAGAAUUUUCGAACUGAAAAAAUUUUCAUUUUUAGUUUGCUCAAGAUUAUAUAAAGUUUCAACAGUCAAGUAAUUUUUUUAUUUUUUUGGUAAGUUAAGGAUGUCAGGGUAAAAAAACUCAGAGGUAAUGCAUUGAUGCCUUGGAGGAUAACAUUCACUUUUUUGAAAAUAAAUCCAGCGAAAGUUACACAAAACUGUUUUCGAGGAUAAAAAAAAAAGAAAAAAAAAUUAUGUUCCGUGAAAGUUAUAAUUUUCAAAAAGAUUGGAGCUUAUGUGUGUGUAUAACACUUAUACGGUUUUGGAUCGAGGUAUUGUAUAGUUUAUAUGUCACUGGUGGCCACCCAAGAAUAGCCAUGACAGUUAUAUUUGUAGAAAAUCCGGCUGCACAAGUCGGAGGCGCGCGGUCGAAUGUUCGUGACCACAGUCUCUUUUCCCGUCGUCGUCAACGAGAGUUUCAUGGGCGUCGCCGCCGUCAACAUCCCGCUCACCGAGGUCAACCAGAAGGCUCAUCCCAGCAAUGUCCGUUCCUCCUCCAACUUUCCUCUCUCAAUCUCUCUUCCAGAUCGGCGCCAAGAGUUACUUUUUCAUGCUCGACCAGAACGGCUUCGUUAUGUCCCAUCCACAACUCAGACCUAUUGUGAGUGCAUCUUCGCUUUCGUUGAAAAUUCUUUUCCGAUUGGGUCUACUACGAAAACGAAAAUAUCAAAACGCCACAAAGAAAAUUGGAAAUAAUGCUGAAUAAAGAAAAUUGGGAACAAUGCUGGAAUCGUCCUUUUCAAUGGAACAUUUCAGGACCUUGAUACAAAGCAACAUAAGCAGAACUACAACAAUAUGGAUAUUCUAGAACUCGAAGUUUCCCAAACUCAGCAGGUUUUCUUUUCUUUUCCUCUAGAAUAAAGCUUCUUGACACUCAAUGUUCACUUACCGGCUAUUUCCUCUUUUCCACUUUUCUGUUCCACUCUGUAGCUUUUUCUUCAAAUAUCGGUUUCUCAUAUUCCACACAAAUGAAAAACUUUUGAAUGUAGCGCGAAAAUCUAAAAUUAUUUAUUCGCAAAUUACGGUGGUUUGAGAGGAAAAAGAAAUAAUGGAGACUAUGGAAAACUUUUAGGCAAGAUUCCUACGCUACAUUUUUUUUUAUUUAGAAAAUUAAACAUAAGCAUUAGUUGUAAUUACAAUUUUUUUAAAAUAAACUUUGAAGAAAAUUUAAAUGAAAGGUUUCCGUAUUUUUCGUAUCAGUUUCGAAAUUUCCUACGAACUUGAUCUUUUUUUUUUCCUACGAACUUGACAAAUUUCCUACGAACUUGACUCCUUAAAGUUCUGAAAAUUGCGAAGGAACACCAGGAAUAUUAAUUCAUGCUUUUGGAGAGUAUUUGAUGUUUUCAUAUGGAAUUGCAACUUCAUACAAAAUUGACUUCCCCUGUCAGUUUCUAUCGACUUUUGAAGAGAUCCGAAUUCGCCUGUCCUAUUUCUUGCUGUGAGCAUUCCUUUCUCUUAUUUUAUUCACCGCUGGUUUGCCUCGAAAAUAUCCAAUUUUCUUGCAUAAUUAUAUAGUCAUUCGGGACAAGAACACUCUUAAAAAUUCCCCUGAUCUUCUGAAUAUUUUUUGCAAAAAUCAGCGGUGAACCAACUUUACCGCCCCUAACGGCACAGAUCCGCUCAUCUCAACCAAAAGGCGACGUUUCGGACUUCAUUUGUGAAUCGGGCGCUCGCUACGCCGAAUGCGUGCAGGAAAUCCGUCAACUCGUACGUCUUAUGCUCGUCGUCGAGUUGCGACUUUUUGUCGUGAACUCAGUCUCACCGAUGUCGUUCUAGCCCAACUCACAACGGCUCACAGAGCAUCGUUUGCAUGAACUGCACGUUCCUUUAAGAAUAUCCAUGUCGUGCUCUUGUUUGGAAGCUGGGAAACCACACAGAAAUGUGAGAUUUUGAGGUGCGCAAGAUGGUUAUCGACUGCGACAACAGCGACAUCCAGCAGCUAGAUGUCAUUUUCGCCACCGAAAUCCUCAACCGCGUCUAUCCCCAGACCAACUCGUACUAUGCCGAGUGCAUAGAUCAAGCCAAUUUCGUGUUAGUCUACUAAAAGCUCAUGCUUUUUGGUAUAGGGAUAGUUCUGAUUUUUAUCAGUUUUUUUAUUGUCGUAGAGACUAUGGUUGAACACUUCAAAAACAAAAAAGUCUUCGCUUCGAUUUUUUUUUUUCAGAUUUUUCACGUUUUUCUGUCGUUUCAGGUUGGGUCUAGCCGUCGCCAAAGGCGACGAUUAUCGGCUCGUGAGCAAAAAUAAAAAGUACGACUUCAAGAAAGUGACGAUGGACUGGAUCGCAGACAAGCAGUGGAGAAUCCACCCUCAUUGGUUCGCCUAAUCUCUUUAUUUGACCCAAUAGUUUUUCAUCAGGAGGUACUGCUUGCUCAACGACACAGAUACCAAUGUAAGCAAAGAAGAGGCGUUCACAGUUUAUGUCGAGCAGAUGGCCAAGACAGGUAACCCUCAUUAAGGUGCAAUAAUCGGAACGGAACACAGGAGCCGUGCCGCUACUCUGUCAGCCGCGGCAGCAUCUCGUGGAAAAGGCGUUGGUGGAUCUCGAAGCUACGAGUUCUUUAGUCGAUUUGUGGGACACUCAGUUUCAGUUCAUGAAAGAGUUAGUCAAGAAAUCAAUGAUUAGAAGUAUUCAUUGAGAUAUUAUUGUAUACCUUUACAAGAUUGACCUCAAAACAAAACACAAAAAAGAGCAUACAAACGAUUGAAGGAGUAGUUCUUUGGGUAAUACAUAUUUCUAAGCUCGUUUGUAUAGGGAAGUUUCGAUGUAGAACUAUCGAUUUGAGUUGAAAGAAGGCGUUUAUCAUAGGAACAGCGAGACCGGAAGUUUGCAGCUCUCUCGUUCACCUGGUGUUUUUUGGAACUCCCUCAGGCGUGAUCCGUUACUACAACUUGACGCUCGACGAUUACGACUACAUCGAUCCCUAUUGGAGCAUUUUCGACCAUAUCGGCUCUAUUCUGUCAAUCGAGCACGUCCAAGAGUUAGCGUUAGAUCAAAAACUGAUCCGAAGACACUAUUCGCAGGUCCUACAACCAUUUCAUCACUGAUUUGAACCGAAAAACGUCCGACGACAGGUACUAUCGACGUGCUGUGCGGAUGAAGGACACGAUUCUUUUCGACGUUUCUGCCAACUGUUUGUUCAAUUUUCUCUCCCUUUCUUGGCUCACGGAAGUGGUUUGCAGCAAAAAUAUGGUACAAGUCCGAGCUGCAAAACACGGGAUACGGGUUGAAUGAGAAUUUGACGAUGCUGGGGCAAAUGUUCAAGGCGGUGCACAUGCAGAACGCGAUCCUCGGUAUAGUUUUCGACUGUUCUCAGGAGAAUUACUCGAGAUUUUGUGAAUGGAAUGAAUAUAUUAUCAUUAAAGAUAUUGUAAUUUUUUAGGAGUCGCCGGCUUCGAGUUCGCCUACGAUUUUGUCGUCGACACCAUGUCUGAGCACGGUUGCGCUCCAACAGUGGGUUCAUCCUGAACCAACCUCUUUUAUGAUUGUUUUUGAAGGACGGCCGUCGCUGGUGCGUACUUCUAGAUGAGCAUGGCUACGUUUUCUACAGUAACUGGCCUGAAAUCUCCUACGAAAAAUAUCUUGCGGUCGGUUUUCUUUUUGAAUUUUUCAGUGCGAAAGUGUCUGGUAGUAAAUAAUUUUUCCGAAAUGAACUUUUAAAAAAAUUUGAUUCAAAUCAAUCAACCAAACAGAAAAAAAGUUGAAUUUGUUGAAAAAUAAAACAAAAAGGAUGUUGGAAAUAGAUAGAUUUGAAUCUUGCCAAAGUUUUCCUAAGCAUAUUUCAUCUGUUCUAAUUUCAACGAAUGGAUUUUUAAUCGCUUCUUUUCUCUUCGUCAAGUAAUGACGUUACAGAGUUCGCAGAAUUCAGUUGUAGGGGAGAAAACGGAGGAUUUCUCAUUUUUGUGAGGCGUAACUCUAUAGAAGGAAAAAAACGUAAUUUCAUUUCCUGUUGCAGUUCAAGGUUUUCAAAGUACAUCCUAGCGAACUAAUUUUUGAGGAGUUCGUCGUAAAGGUUAACAUCCGCGUGAAUACUUCGUUUCAGAACGAAGGAAAGCAUAUCAACCAGUUUUUCGGGAGAAUCAACCGCAUCGCUCAGAGAACUAUGGCGUUGCUGGUCGAAAACAAAUUCUACACAAAGUAGGGAUUUCAUUGAAAUUUCCAAUCGAAACGUCUAAAUAAAUUUCAGGUUAAUGUACACAGAUCAUCAGUCAUCUUGUAAAAUCAUAAAGACGGUAGUAACUUCAGCGAGUAGAAAUACGGUUUCGAUCCCAAUCAAAACAAAAAAGGCUUUAUUUUUCAGCCUUUCAACCUUCUUCGGAGUUUCGUAAUGAAUGUUAUCAACGUCGCACUCAAUUUCUUUUAUAACUUCGGGCUACUCUCUUCAACAAAAGAAUAUGCUGAAGGUAAACCAAUACCUUGACUAAUCUGGUAAAAGGCUGUUUGAAGCAUAUACGGCAUCCUUCCACGAAGGAAACGACGGUUAUCCAUGCUCGAAGACGUCGCCAUUUUAUUUUUCGAACAAGGUUUGAAAUAUAAAUUUUUUCUGUACUUUGAGAAAAAAAAAACAUUUUCAGGAUGGUCGAAACAGGCCGCAGAGCACCUGGCUAGUGGCCAGCCAUCGGUCGGAGAGACCUUGCAAGAAGAAUUCUAAGUGCUCAGUGUAGGUGUUGUCGAAAAGACGGAUAAGCGCCAGAUUUUUAGAAAAAUGGAAGCGUCUUUCGUUGAACACACAAACCUUGUGAUGGUUUGGAUCACUCAGGACAAAGUGAGCGAGAACUGCUACGAGGAGUCUCACUGUCCUUUGGAGGAUCCUAGCGAGGUGAGCACUGCUUUCUAUCCAUUUAUUCAUUAAUUCUCCAAUCUCGUUUAAAAAGAAAAAGCGUUGUUGGGGGCGGAGUUUGCUGCUCGAAAUUCGAAAUCUGAACAGACUAUACUGUUCCGAAAAAGUAAAUUAAAGGGAAAAUGAUUUUUGGGAAAGGUCUACCAAAAUGAAAUUUACCCCAGGUUCCAUUCGGAUUCGAAGAGAACCCUCACAUGAGCGGGGAAUGCGACGAAGCGCCGCCGAAAGAGCGAGCCAGCAAAUCAUCGGAGAUGUGCUACAGCAUCGACGACGAUGUUAGUUCAAGUUAAUCGAUUGUAAAUAACAUAACUUUCUGUUUCAGAACGGCACGGUUCCGUGUUCCUUUGCGCUUUCCAAAACCACAUGGCUUCUUCCACUAGCCGCCUUAUCAUUUCUACUCCUCUGA